UCCAGGCAAUCAAGCUCCGCGCGGCGUGUAAUGCUUGAUUGAUUCAUCAUCUUGAAUCUCUUACUUUCCUUCCAUCUUCCUCCCUUCUUGCACUUUUCCUUACCUCUAUAUCUGCUCGACAUACGCUUGAAGCUUGAAAAUGGAGGUUCUACUGGGUAUCACCGGCAAGGACUUUGUCCUGGUGGCAGCGUCCAAAGCCGCCAUGAGGGGUCCAACUAUUCUUAAAGCCGAAGAUGAUAAGACACGACAGCUCAACAAACACAGUCUGAUGGCUUUCUCUGGAGAGGCAGGAGAUACCGUACAAUUUGCGGAGUAUAUUCAAGCGAACAUUCAACUAUAUACGAUGCGGAAUGAUACCGAACUCGGACCGAAUGCCGUUGCCAACUUUGUCCGGGGAGAACUGGCGCGCAGUCUGCGAUCUCGGAGUCCAUACACGGUCAAUCUGUUGCUCGCUGGUGUCGAUGGAAUUACCCAGAAGCCUCACCUGUACUGGAUAGACUAUCUGGCUUCUUUGGCACCAGUGCCAUAUGCUGCUCAUGGUUAUGCCCAAUACUAUUGUCUCUCAACACUCGAUAAACACCACCAUCCUGAUAUUUCCCUCGAAGAAGGCUUAAAGCUUCUAGAGAUGUGCACAGACGAGCUAAAGCGUAGAUUGCCGAUUGACUACAAGGGGGUUUUGGUAAAGGUCGUGACCAAAGAUGGCGUGAGAGAAGUAGAAUUUGAUAAUGACAAGAUCGUCAAGAGUGCUUAAUGCGGUGUUGUAUAUCAUACCAUUUGUGUCUUUUGUUUUCGGUUUAUGGGACUUGGUUUUCAGACGAUCGGUUGCAUGGCAGGGUAUUUUUCAUGACUUUGACCAAAAUUUAGUCUCGCCCACAAUUUACUAUAGGUAGAGACUAAGAGAAA